CAGAUGUCAAAGGAAGAAGCUGUUACAUUCUUGCAAGAAAUCAAAUAUCACCUAGAUAAGCUGAAGAAUCACUAUAUUCAGAGGGGCUCGACAAACUUACAGAAGAACAAGGAGAAUGAGAUCCUUCAGCUCCAGCAAUCUCAAAAGCAAUCGUUAUCACUAUCGGAUUUCCCUACUUCCAAUCAAGCGUAUAAUGAGAAACCUAAACUGCACAGCAAUUUCGACAUGAAGCAGUUGCGUCUACAGGCAAACAAAAAACGAUCGGCAGAUAUUCAAACACCCCUACUUGCCCUAGAAAAACCACUGGAAAACGAAAAACUAGCCGAAGAUGAAUACAAUGAACUACUCGAGCGUUUGACGCUGGCUGACCUGCUUUACACAGAAUACUCACUGGAAGAAGUCGUUUACCAUUUGGCCAAGGUGAUGUUCACACAGAGUCUUACUAGAGGGAGCAAUGAAGCACAACAGGCUCUUCAAAAGUUCACAGACUUCCUGGAAAUAGAAACAGCACAGGGACGCAUUUCGAGAACAUUGGAGAGAAAGGUUCUGGAUAUUUUAGUAGCAGCAAUCUCUGACACAUUAAAGGAGCAUCCAGAAUCAGCAUCAGGAAACCAAAAUUUCAUAGGACAGAAGAUGGUCGACCCUAACGCGGAUGAAAGAAUGUCUAUCAGGGAUUUCCUCAUUACGAAAGAACAGGACAAAAUUAAUAGACCACAACACCUAAACAAGGAGAAACUCAACAAUCACUUCCGUUUCAACUUCCUCAAGUAUAAAGCGACGUAAAUGUAUAGUAAAAUAAUUAUGCAGUAACACUCAGAGGGUGAGUCUCUACUAGGGUUCACAGUACAUCAUAUACGAUGAACUGCAACGAUCGAUUACUUGGAUGCUCGACUUAAUUACAAAAAAUUUAAUAAUUAAAUUGAUGGACCUUGGCUAAGGGCAAAUGGAAAUGGUGGCACUUCCGCUGGUACCGGAGAUUGAUACCAACUUACUUUAAAUAGAACAACCUGUAUAUUGUUCAAUUUUUGGAUUCUAAUCUUACUUAUAACGACGACGUCUCGGCCACCAUGGUGACCUUUUCCAAGUACAAAUGACAAUUCUGGUGACAAUAUAUUUGGUUUAUCUACAGAAGACAUUCCAAGUGACAGUUCGUUUGUUUUUCCUUUUCGCACACCUGCACAGUGUGUUAAUACAACAAUCUUUAAUGUGCUGAGAUUGCUCGAAGGUAUCAUUGCAAUUUUGCAUUCCCUUCCCAAAAGGACGGCGAGGCCCUCAAAGCGACAAGCUAGCAUUGAGUAAGUCAUUUUUUUAAGUACCAGACCCGUCACCCUCGUCCAGCGUCCCGAAAAUGACAAAAGUUUUCCGAAAACGCGAAAACUCAUUGAGAACUGUUGGUGCCUUGCCACCCACUAAGAAAUUUUCCUACCCACCGCUCUUUAAAAACUUUGAAAGACUAAUAACAUAACCAUGAUAUAAAUUAAAUAAAAUUAUUGAGAUGUUGAAGGUUGUACAGCAAAGUAUAGAUUAAUCUUAUCUCUAACAAUAUGCGUAUUUAUAAUAAAUCGGUAUCUGGAAGGAAUCUGUUAUGAUGAGAAAGUACACAAAAACAUUUAUUCAUCAAUAUAAGAAAGUAUACACAUAUCAUUGACAUAAUAAUUAACAAGAACUCAUAAAGAAAGUAAAUACCCGGAAAUAUACAGGAAUAAUAACAUGUUUACUGAAUUUACAGGAUAAUAUCAUAAUUCCUCCCUUCCACGAAAAAGUUGGUCUCUAACUUUCUAAAGGUGAAGAUUUACAGUCAUUGUUUAAUAUUCUGAAGUGUGAUUGAGGAUUCAUGGUUUACAUUCACUUCCGUCUGAAGCAUAUGGAUAUUUUACAUAAAAUAUGUUAAACAUAAGAAGUAAAACGAUCACAAUUGUAUAAAUUAUCGAGGAACCAUAAGUAUGAUAUUGUAGGGAUGUUUGAUGUAAAUCGGACCUUUUAGUAGGUACCAGGAUUUUAGAAGCUUUAUUUUGGUUAUUUCUAUCAAGAAUCUUUUGUUGUUUCCCUAAGGUGUGUUUAGCAAUUUCUUUACGUUUUUCGCUUACUUCUUUGGUUGUGGUACUGCGUACAGAUUGGUUGUAGACAAAGAUAGACUUCAGUAAUUAAAUCAUUAAUGGGGUCUAAUUUCCUUUUUGUUCCUACAAUCUAGGGCGCUAUGAAAACGUUCGAUAGGUGCUAUAUAAGUUUGGGUUGGAGGUACUUCCUGGAUUGAGUUGAGAAGUUCUCCAGGAUCCGCAUGAAGCGUGGUAGGGUAUCCACGGUGGGAAAAUGAAUGCUUCAUUUUUUUAGUAUUUCGAUUCGAUUUCGUGAAGUAAUGUUUUACGCUUGGUCGUAACAUCUAGAGUGAUCUAGAACAGUAAGAUAUAUAGACUUUUCUACCUUGAACAUAUCUACGAAAAUUAGUUGGAAAGGUUUGGUGGUGAAAAAUGGCCCUUGUAAGGAUGUGUUGGGCGAUCUCCUUUCCUAUUUAUUAUUGAGGCAAAUUUCGCAGUUAUUGAUAUGACCGGCGAUCAAGUUUUAUGCCAUUAUGUGUUUUAGAAUGGUAAAGAGAAAUUUCUUCAAGCGAUUUUUCCUUAGAUAAAUAUUCGGGCUUAUAUGCCGCUUUAAUGAAUUUGAUUUGGUAUGGUUAAAAUAUUUACUGAGGACUCUGUUAAUGGUUAUCUCGUCAAAGUAAUAAAUUCCAUAAAUAAUAUUUGGUUGGCAGUGAUUUUUUAGGAAGUUUAAAAUUUGCGGAUGUUCCCUUCCAUGAGUUAACGAACGGUUAAUAGUGAUAUUGACUGUGGUAGAGAUGUUACAUUUAUCUUUAUAUUGAAAUAGGAUACGAUUUUUGAAAUAAUACUUUGUUUUCUGAGAAUUGAAUAAUAUUAGGAUUAGACUCCGGAGAUGUAUGUUGAGUAUUUUCAGAGCGGUUGUCUUCGGAGACUAAAGGUAUUUGGGACUCCGUAAUAGCGUAAAAAAUGUCUGAGGGACCUAAUAUAUUUAAAAUUUCGUCUUACUUUUCGUUGCUAAUUUAGAUGAUUUCGUUUACAUUGGGGAAUGUGGAAAGAUAAGCGUCUUCUAUCGCGUGGAUUUCGAUGUGACUAAGGGCAUCGGCAACAUAGAUUUCUUUGCCUUCGGUUUAUGGUCAGUCUCUAUUGUGAAUUUAUGGCCAAAAAGAUAAGGUCUGAAGUGUUUACACGAAUCUAUAAUUGAGAAACGUUAUUUGUCGAUAGUGCUAUAAUUUCGCUCGGCAGAAUUUAAAGUUCGUGACUGAAAAAAUCAAUAGGUUUUCCAUUUUUGGGAAAAAACGCUUCUAAUAGCAAUGUUACUAGCAUCUGUGAUUAGACUAAAGGGCUUUGAAAAAUCAGGGUAUGAGAGUACGCGGGCGUUGGUAAUUAUUUUCUCCAGAAUGUCAAAGGCAUUAACAUAAUCCUGAUUUCCAACAUCUAUUUUUUUUCUCCUGUGUAAAAGGUUUAGUGAAGUCUCUGAUAAAUUUACGGUAAUAAUUUGCAAGUCCUAAUAAUGAUUGGAUAUGCUUAAUCGUUUUAGGAAUGGGAAAAUUUUUAAUUGCUUUUAUCUUAUCAGAAUUGGAUCUUAUGCCGUUGGGUGUUAUAAUUUGGCUAAAAAGGGGACAUCCUUUCUAAAAAAUUGUGUUUUGCCUAAUUGGAUCUUGAGUUGGUAUUUGAUUAAAGCUUCAAAAAUCAGUUUUAAGUGAUAGACGUGUUCUUGUAAAGAUUUCUAAAAAAUAAUAUAAUACAGAUACACAAAAGAGAAUUUACCAAUACGAGGAAGUAACACAGAAUUGAUCAUGCGUUGGAAAGUUGCAAGGGAGUGUUUCAAAUCAAAAGGCAUACGCACAUAUUCGUAAUUCGUAAUGGCCAUUUUCAACGUUAAAACCAAUUUUUUUCUUUCGAAUUUGGAUGCAUGAGUAUUUGAUGAGAGCCUUGGCCAAGAUCUAAGGUGGAGAAAUAUUUUGCCUUUCCUAGGUUUUGAAGAAUUUCUUCUGUACGCGGUAACAGAUAUUUGUCCUCGAUCAUGAUUUCGUUAUGUUUUCGGUAAUCGAUAACCGUUCUAAAUUUCUUUUGGCCGGAUGCGUCGCCGGUCUUUGGGACUAUCCACACCGGAAAUGCGUAUGGACUAGUACUGAAUUUCUUGUUUUAAAUGGAAGGGAUAUCUGAAAGAUUUUUCAAAGCUAGGGACGUCAUCCUUAGUUCUAAUGGUAUGAGAAGUGGCGUUACAUGGUUUUAGUUUCUCACUAAGCUUCAAAACAUCAUUUGGGUAAUUUUGACAAAGCUUUAAAAUAUUUUCACGUUCUUCGGAAUUCUUAUGUGCGGAUUAAUUUGGACAUUUGACUGUACUAUGAUCAGAUGUCGAAAUUUGUGGCUCACAAUUUAUCUCGGUAUUAUUGAGGUCUAGUGACAUGGUACCUUCAGGAAAGUCUACCAAGCUCAUUUCACUGUACACGCGGAUUUGGGGGGGGAGAAUAACUGUGAGCUACUAUAUAUAUGAUCUCACGUAUCCCCUAAAAAGGCGUCAAGUAGGUUGAAUAUGUACUGCACCAUGUGCAAUGUUAUUACGUAUAUAUUUUAAUGGGAUUUUAGAAAAGUAACACCUUUAUCAAAUUGAGUUACUUCAAAUUUCGACCUCGAAUGCCUUUUUGUUAUUACAGAUUGAGAAUGAUACUGAAAAUCUGAUAAAAUCUAAACUAGUCUGUAGAAGAUUGAAGUCCACUACGUCUAAAUUUGGAGAACUUCCACUUUCGUUAUUGAAAUCUUCCACUUUAAUAAACUUAAUACUACUGACAACUUUAUAAAACGCUGUAUUCAUCCACUCACAUUCUACUGAAGUACUUGCAGGUCUCUCGCAUCUUUUCAAAAGACAGAUCAAAAACGUUAUUUUUUUCUUUACAUCCACCCAGCUUAGCAGCACAAUAAAUGACACAUAACAGUUUCAACUUUUUCCUCACUUUCGUCACAGACGAAUGUGCAGUGUAAGGCGUAGUUUUCACUUUAUGUUCAGGUGUAACUCUGCAUUUUACAAUGCAUUUUGUACCUUCACGAUUCAACCGAACAUAUAUAUAUAUAUAUAUAUAUAUAGCAUCUUCACGAUACGAAUCUCUGCCUGCCCCCUGGAAAAAAUUGUGUCAUAUUCUCAAAUCUGUACUCAUAUUAGACAUCAACACCAAUUUGUUUCAAACCUCAGUAGGAUAUCGCACAUUUUACAGCUAGCCGUGAUAGUAUAGCAGUAGGCAUAAAUCCUUACUUCCAAAGUUUCACAAAUUUUAUUUCCGCGCUUGUAUAUAUAAUCAUUUUUUCACUGGUUGAUUAUAUUUCAUCUAUAUUUUGCUGAUAUGUCAUUACUUAUGCGAUUCUGAACAUCACGAAACUUCUCCAUUAUCGGAAUCCUUAUAUCUUAAUGGAAGUACAAUAACAUGACCGUUCUUGGACUUCCUUAGGUCUACGUUCUGGAUUUUUACCAAUAUGGCAAAUUAAAUUUAAAUUAGCAAUAGCUUGAGAUACAGUCAUACUUGUUGUGCCAAUUAAUUAAUAGUAACUCUACAUCAUAUUGUACUCCAUAUUCGUAAAACAAAGGGAUUUUUCAAGCGUAUUUUUGAUUUGUUUACAAGUUUUAAUUUCAAAAAAUUUUGGAAAGAUAUAGUCGUGGAAAAUUUGAAAUGCAAGAUUUUCGUUCAUAAGUGAGGAAGAAGCUCCUGUAUUUAUGGGUAUCAGUAGGUCUCAAUAAGUACUACACAAAUACGGAAGGUGGGUAUCUUGAUAAUUAUUAAAGUCUAUGUUAAUACGGAGUCGUUAUGGGCUUAAUGAAAAUUUUCGAAUAUUUCUUCUAGGUUUUCAAAAUAUUCAAAUUGAUCAUAAUUUUGAUAUUGAUCAUACUAAUCCUCUUGAAAAUAUUGAGAGUCAUUAUUUUCAUGAUCAGAAGGAUCCUGACGGUAGAAGUAUUAAUCUAAAGCUGAUUCAUUGUUACUAAAUUCUUCGGAAACAAAAUUACUUGUUUGGCCAUUAUUGUUAAAAAAGCCUAGGUGUAUUCACGGGACGAUUAUUAUUAUUCGGUCCAACAGUUUUGGUUAUUUCGAUUGGGGGCAUCACAAUUUUGAUUAGCUUGGGGUCUCGAGCUAAAAGCUGGGAUAUUUGUGGGCAGACGAGGGGCGUUGUUCAUUAUAAGUCUGGGCAUGUUCAUGGGACUAGUUGGGAAUCGUGGUUGAUUCAUUUGAGUAGGUCUCCAUGAGUGUUUAUUUUGGAGUGUAGGAGGGCGUGGCUGCAUAAAAUUUGGUCUAGGGUUUUGCAAAUUUGGACUUGUUUUAGAAGGUUUGAUGUUUUAGUUAGCAAAGUCUUUGAAGCUAGAUUGCAACUGCAAAUUUUCAUAGUCGUGACAAGCAGAGAUAACGACUUCCAACGUUUCAUGCUGGAGGCGUAACAGAAUAGAACGAUAGGGUUCGCAUAGCCAAUUUCUUAUAAAAACCUAGUUUAGAGUUUUGAAUGAUGACAUCUGGGUAUUCUAAUUUGGCAUGUUCUCGUAGAACAUGUAAUUUUCUCAAAACUUUAUUAUAAAAGGUAAUAUAAUCAGAAGUUUGUUUUAGCAUGUUUAGCAUUUGUUGAUCAAAAUAAUCUCACUUCUGCGUUCUCUAUAAUUGCGCAUGAAAGUGGUUGUGACUACAUCCCAAGUAUCAGAACAAGCCUGUAAAACCGAUUAUUUUGCUUCACCUUCUAGUAGUCAGACAACGUAGAUCAAAGCGUCUUGUUGGAAAGGGGAUCGAUCAAAUGCGAUCAAAAAUCGUUCGCAAUUUUGAAUAUAUUUAGAUAGAUUGUUAGUUUCAUGUGAAAAUGUUGGCAAACUAUUUUUUAAUAAAUCAAAUCCUGAUGUAACGGGGGGUCUGUCUCAAAUUUCUGUAACUGAAUUUUAGUUUGAAAUUGGCGAAUUUACUUGUGGUUCCCUUCUUACACAUAUAGUAAAACGAUUUUGUAAAGGCAUUCAAAUUAGUAUCAGGAAUACAGAAUAAAAGUUUCUUACUUAAAAUUUACUUACGCUAGUAGCAAUAAUUUCUGCAUGGGUUCUCCUGGAAUACCAGUGAUGGUCAAUUCUGUAGACUCAGCUGGAAAUCUGUUGGAGUGUCGCUAUACUUGCAUUGGGCGUCGUCUUGUUCUUGUACUAGGUAGGGGCCGGUUGAAUUCUCGCGGAGAUGGAGUCUUCACUGGUUUCCAACCUUGUACUAUCGAGCUUUUUCGUGGCGAGAUACUUCAAAACUCGUCAGCUUCUUCGGAUAGCUUCUUCGGGAUGAUUAAAAUCUUCCUCCUCGUUGAAAUGGUAGAACUUCUCAAAUGGAUGGAGCUUGGGUCACCCCAAUAGCUCAAACGAUAAUUGGAGUACUCACUUGCCUCGGGUUACAGCUUCUAGAUCUUCUGAUACUCGAUUGAGUAGUACUUGGUAUCUAUCCGACUAGACUACACUCGAAAUAGCAAACCGAUUUUCAACGGAUAAGCUAUCCUGUUCGCAGCGCUAAUUAAAUAAAAUAGGCGACGAACCACUUCAAAAAUUAUUUAUUGAGAUGUUGAAUGUUAUACAGCAAAACAUCUUAUCUCUAACAAUAUGCGUAUUUAUAAUAAAUCGGCAUCUUGAAGAAAUGUGUUAUUAUUGGAAAGUAUAUAAAAACAUUUGCUCAUCAAUAUAAGAAACUAUACACAGAUAUCAUUGACCUCAUGAUUAACAAGCACUCCUAAGAAAACUAAAUACCGGGAAUAUAUAGGAACAAUAAGAUGUUCACUAAAUAUACGAGGGUGGUACCAUAAUUUAUAUAACAUGUUUCUUCUUGACGAUGUCUAAUAGUGAAAAAUAAAGACGGUUCCAUUAUCAGAGAAAGAAUACUUUUAGAUCUUUUCAGAACCUAAUUUGUAUUCCCUUUAUUGGAGGUCCUGUGUUAUUAUUUAAACCCUAUUUCACGAGUAUCCAUCACACUUUGACGUCUACUGAAGUGAACAGCUCAUCAGCAAGUGAUAUUCUUGUGUUAGUCUACAACAUUGGCAAUAAUGAAUCGGGUGUAAAUCUAGUAAAGCUUGUUUGUAGCAUUUGUUUUUUGUAUGCAAAUUAACUUAUUGUAAAUAAAAGACCUGUUAGCAAGUGCAAAAUGAAUCUGUAGCCUACAAAAAACCAAAACGUCUACCUGGCGUUCACGGAUCUGUCAAAAUUAUGUAACCUUUGCCGAUACGGUGAAUUUUUAAAUAUUACUAGAUAAUCAGCUGUCAUUCUACCGUAACGGAUACCCGUGAAAAAUAUAUUAUCCAACUAUCUAAGUAAAUACCAAUAAAGUAAGUCCCUUGCUACAAGAAAACCGUUACAGAUUGUACAAAUAUAAUAAAGAUAUAAGUAUAGGAGAAAUUAGAGAUUAUUUAAUUUGAUUUUACACUUAGGGAUAGGAUUAUAUAUAUAUAUAUAUAUGAAAUUUACAUACAAUCCCACGAUAAAUUCAAAAAUUCGAUGUCCAAUUCAAAAUAAUCAAGUUGGUAUCUACUUCUGGUAUAACCGGAAGUACUGCUAUUUUGAAGACAGUUUUACCGAAUUUCUAAAAUCAAUUUUAUUGUAACGCCAAGCUUUCGUAAUCGUUUGACGACUACUUUCCAGGCAAUUGAUUGCUGUAGUUCUUUACGGGACACACUAUAUACAGGUUUGUGUGCAACUGGUCUUAUAAUUCGAACAGUGGGUGCAAACAAAAGCACUCCAGGGCGUCAGAAUAUCCUUGAUAUCUGAUCUGUUAUUUUCCUUCUAACAUGAAAGAUUUUUAUAUCAGAUUCACAACGACAUGAAGCACUGCACCACUCUGUUAUCAUGCAUGCGCAUUGGCACUUACAUAUCAGUACGGAGAAAAUAUUCAAUCCAUGACUUGUUGAAACUAAAAACUUAAAAAACUGGGAAUGUUUAUCCAAUUUUAAUAUAAGCUACCUGCACUAUUUUUCAAUUUAACCUAUAUAACCUAAUAGACCUCACUUCUCUGAAUGAAUUAGUUUCGACUUUUACACAUUUAUUUUCGGUAUGAUAUACUUGUAAUUUGAUUCUUAUUUCAUAGUUUAUGUUGGUUUAUCAGCGAGAUACAGUAUACUCAUCUUCAAGGAAGAAAAAGAAAUAGAUUAUCUAUCACCGUUUUCGAGGCAUUUGGGAAAUAAUUGAGAAACCCUGAUAAACCAACUAUAUCGUUGAAAAAAUUUGAGAAGGUCUGCACUUGAUAUAACAUAACAAAUUGAUCGUAUUUUCAAAAUUCAAUGUUACUUGAACUUAAGUUGUGUUAACUGUCUUAUAGAUUGUAUUUAUAUAUGUCUAAUAUAUUUUAAUAAUCCACGAUGCCAUUUGCUGUUUAAAAAUA